UUAUCUGAAGUGCUUGUGAAAACCCUUUCCAUUAGUGCCACUGUUGCAGUCAAAAGUGAUGAAACUGGCUAUCCAAUACUCAGCAUGGAUGAAUGUUCUCCAAAAGCUGAAAGUUAUGAACUUCAGAAUCGAGCGAUUGUUAAUAUUGGCAUUUCUCAGAUUAAAAAAUUGUUGGACAUCUAUUUGAAGAUGACGAUCUGUCCGGCAUUGAAAACGCACCUUAAUGAUUUAAACAAGCAGCUAUGGUGUUACACAUUAAAAGCCACAGUAAGUGAAUAUGCUGAGUUUGACUACUCUCUGAUGUCUGUUGACAUCUCUGCUAACAGCAUUGAGAUGGGAUUAAAGGGUGUAUUCAACAACACCCAACAACACAUAGAAACCCCCUCUCCUCCCCCAGCUUUCUCAUUGGCUUCCCAGAGCACCAACAUGUUCUACAUUGCAGUAUCUGCCUUCACCAUCAACUCAGCAUUCAUGGUGCUCCACCAAACGAACGUGUCUAACAUCAGAAUCACUGAUGAAAUGGUGCCUUCUGUUUCUCCAAUUCGUCUCAGCACCACAACAUUUGGAGCAUUCAUUCCUCAAAUUUCUGAAACACACCCUGAUCUGAAGCUGGAUCUGAAGGUAAAAACAGAGAAGGAGCCCAUCAUUAAAUUUGAACAAGAUCAUGUGAUUCUUCAGCUCCUGAGUACAGUGACAGCUUAUGAUGUCCAAUCUGACGACACACCGCAUAAACUCUUCGUCCUCGAUCUGGAAAGCGUUGCCAGUGUUCAAAUAACAGUAGAAAAGGGUGAUCUGGCAUUCGAUUUAACCCUUGAGAAAAUUGAAGGGAAUAUGAACGGCAAAACAUUGAAGUUCAAAAAAAACAAUUUCCUGACCGUGAUCAUGCACGACAUUGUGUUUCCCAUUAUUAAAGCUCACUUAGCCAAAGGUUUUCAACUUCCUGGUUUAUUAGGAUCCUAUAUUGGGAAGGUACACAUUGUAAACCCUCAAGUUAAGGUUCUUGAAGAUUACGUGUUGAUUGGAGCAGAUAUUCAGUUCGGAGAAAACACCUCAUCUUAGCACCCCGGAGGUGAUUUAAAGCAAUCCAAUGCAUUUGCCUCUACAAAAAUCAUGUUUUGAAAUUUGCAUAAAUAAAUACACGGGGCGAUUUCCCCUUUAACUGCA